CACAGUUGGACAGGUCAACGGGCAGAGGUUGCAAUUUAUUGACUACUGGCAUAUUAGCUCAUUCUAUUUAAACUAAAAAGUUGCCUGGCGGUCGCAUUAGUGUGUCACCAUACUAGUACACUUGCGCCUCAAAUAUUUCACUCUGCACACAACGUGAACUUUAACAUUUUUACGUUUUUGGCGCCCCCUUGUUUAGUGCCCACGGGACACGAAAUCAAUUUCGUGGGGGAGAACGUGGUUUGUUUGAAAUAGCCCAUGUGCUUUAUUUUUGUUAUUUCUCUAUAGAUAGAUAGAUAGAUAGAUAGAUGUGCAUAUUUUACAUGGCUAGCCCCACAAAUAUUGAGGGAUAUACCCUGUGUAUUAUUUCCAGGAGGGGCCACAGCUAGAGUCCUAGAGUAUUUAAUGCUCACUUUAAGCUACGCAGACCCAAUUAGGGCCUGCGCUCUACUAGACAACUCCUGGCAACAUCCAAACGGCACACACAGUGUGCCAUCUCCUCAAUUUCCCUCACAUGGCUUGGGUUAACCCCGGGCUAUGGUAACAUUCACUCGCCCAUGUUGAAUUGCUGUCAAGAGGAAUUGAACCCUGGUCUUCGCACAGAGUACGAGAGCUAUAUAACCACUAAUCUAUGGCGCCACAAUCUAUAAUCUUUGUUUCUCCUUAGUGCUUUAGUUAAGUAUAUUAAUCUAUGGGUGUGAAAGGUCAUGAAGAAGUUAAGUUAAGACCGAUUCAUUUCACUGUGGCUGGUGCAACCUCUGGUGUUAUUGCCCGUGUUGUUGGACAGCCCUUAGAUGUACUGAAAAUUCGAUUCCAGCUUCAAACUCUCCAGGAUGGAAAGCUACCUUAUGUUGGCAUAUAUAAAUCAGCCAAGACAAUAGUUAAACAAGAAGGAUUAUCUGCCUUGUGGAAAGGACAUGUCCCUGCACAAAUCUUAUCAGUUCUCUUUGGAGCAAUUCAGUUUACAACAUAUGAAACUUCAUAUACAUAUAUCAAUAAAAUAUUUCCACAAUGUGCACAUAACAACCGACUUAAAACAGGCAUAGAAUUUGUCUGCGGAGGAAUGGCUGGUAUUGGGUCCACUCUGGCUUGUCAACCUGUUGACGUUUUGAGAACAAGACUCGUGGCACAGAAGAAAUCAACGGUAUACCGAGGAUUAUUUCAUGCUAUCACUUCGAUGUUUAAAGAAAACGGCAUACGAACUUUUUACAAAGGUAUUGUUCCAACGCUGUGCAUGAUAUUUCCAAACACUGGACUUCAUUUUGCUUUUUAUGGUACCUUCAAGCGGGCAUGGAUUUUUUUCUCUGUGAAUGACACCGAGAACAAGAGGUUGAUGCGUCUCACAUGUGGAGGAUUGAGUGGAUUAUGUAGCAAACUAAUGUUGCUACCGUUGGACGUUGUAAAGAAACGGUUGCAGGUUCAAGGUUUAACUGGAUAUGCUGAAUAUAGCGGUAUGGUGCACUGUUUUCGUACAGUUGUUCAGUUAGAAGGGAUAGUUGCUUUAUAUCGAGGGGCAUCACCAUCAGUGUGGAAGGCAACGAUUGUGAGUGGAGUGACAUUUUUCACUUACGAGCAAACAUGUGAUAUUAUACGCUGGUACGAAAUUAAAAAGAAAUCCUUCUCAUGAUGCUUCCAGCAAGUAUUUGCGCGACGAAAGUUAACAAGGAAAACAAGGAAAUCUUUACGCUCUACAUAAACCCUGAAAUUUCUGGCAAAACAAAAAAUUUUCACCUAUUAACUUCCCCUCUUGAAAUAUUGGCCCUGUAAAAUUUAAUUCAUGCCGGAUUUUUUUUAUUGUAAUCUUUUAUUUCUUAUUUUAUUUCUGCGCGCUCUGUAAGGGGAAAUUGUUUGAUUUUCAAAUCCUAUUCGUCCAGCAUUUCUUGAACUCUUGAUAAAACAUUAUCUUAAAUUUAUUUUUCAAAAUCAGCCCCUUUGUUUUUAACACUUAGUCCUUAAAAUCUUUAUCUUUAAUAUAAAAAAAGUUUGUUUAUUUUACUUUCAAUUUUUUACAAUGUUUUUUUUACAAACUUUUUUAGUUUGCAAGACAUGUUUCGUCUUGAACGUCAAGACAUCUUCAG